AGCUGUCAAGCUAAUUUUAUAGGUUAGCUUUGACUUUGAAAACACUAAAACAUCUACUAUGGAAAAUAACUCCAAUAAUCCCGAUUCUCAAGAACUUAUUGAAAUAAAUGUUGUUCAGCCGAUACAACCCAAGGAAGAGCCAGUUCCAAAAACGGCAAAGGACCUUUUCUCCGAUUUUAAAGCUUCAGAUGAAUCCGAUUUUGAAGGCAAUGAUCUAGAGCCUCAUACCGAUACCGAUUCAGACGAACCCCUAUCUAAAAAGAUAAAAAAGAAAAAAUCCGAAACUAAAAGAAAGUCUAGGGAUCCAGGAAAUGAUGAUCCUACCAAGAAGAAGAAAAUUUAUGUUCAAAAAUAUAAAAAAGAAUGGGAAUCUAUACCAUCUGUAAAACCUUGGAUUUCCGAAAGCGUCCAUGGUCCUCAUUAUUUUUACUGUAGAUUUUGUAAGAAAGAUUAUAAAUGUGGUAAAACUGAAAUUUUUAAACAUAUGAGUGCAAUUAAACAUAAGAGACACCUAACUAGUACGACUCAAUCAGUACAGAACAAAUUUUUCUUUAGAGGAUUGUUAUGUCCGGUUAUAACUCCAUUUGUUAAAUCUAGGGGUAAAGAAGUUAAUUAUAAAUUAAUAAACCCAUAUGCAAAGUUUUUAAAAGCUUGCGGGGUUAAAGGAAUAUUGUUGAAUGAUGUGACAGGAGAAGGUAUGUCACUCACGCCAGAAGAAAGAAAACAACUCACGGAAUUUUGGCAUGAAAUUUGUAAAGAGAAGAACCAAUUUUUGAUGGUACAGAUUGGCGGGGCUCCAUUAAAAAGCGUUAUUGAUAUGGCAAUACAUGCAGAAAAAUUAAAAGUCGGAGCAGUUGUCCUUAUGCCGGAUCUUUACCACAAACCCAAAAAUCAUUUGGAUCUCAUAAGGUAUAUUAAAAUAAUAUCUGAAUACACAGAGAAGAUACCAAUAUUGUAUCAUCACUAUCCAAAGUACACACAAUUAUAUGACAUUGAUAUGACGGCUUUUUUAUUAGAUAUAACAGGAGAAGUGGAACAAUUUGUUGGAGUAAUAUACACUACUAAUGAUUUGCAAGACGGUUUGACAGCACUUACCUUGAAUCCUGAUAAAUUUGUCGUAUUUAUGGGUACUGAUGAGGUAAUGCUCGGUGCAGUUGCUAGUGGUUUUACUUGUAUCAUGGGUAACAGUAUUAAUAUUUUACCUAAAUUAGCAGAAUCUAUUUGCCAAUGCAUUAAAGAUGGUGAAAUUAAAAGUGCCCAAGCGUCUCAAAAUUUAUUAAAGAAAGCAGUUGACAACAUAUACUGUAACGGAGAUAUGGUUGCAACUCUCAAAGCAGCUAUAAGUAUUAUGACGAAUUUAGCGGUAGAAACUGUACGGGAACCACUUCAGACUGUCUGGGAAGGUACUAUAGUGAAGAUGAGAAGUAAAUUGCACGAAAUCGGAAUCAUAUAAAUAGGUUUUUUCGAGAGUAUUUAUUUAAAAAUUUUAUAAUUUAACAUAGUUUUGUAUAUAAAUAUAAAUCAUUAUGAACCUA